GUAAGUCUCGUCACGUGACUAGCGAGAAUUCGCGUGAAAGACAACUUCCGGGUACAUGGUUGAGAAUGGCGCUUUCAGUUUUGUAUUGGGUGAAUUACGUUGAGGGGCAUACUAAGUUGACAAGGAAGAGCGAGGCUGCGGUGGAGAGCGGGAGAGUUCUACGAUUUGUUGUCGACGAACUGCGCGUUAUUACUGCAUGUGUGCAGGCCUCUAUGAGGGACACGUCGUACAAAGUACAGAUAUUUUUGGAUAAUGAAGAUACAGGAGUGGUAAAAGAUGCAACCUGCCAGUGCCCGAUGGGACAAUACAAGUGCCAUCAUAUUGCUGCAGCACUUUUGUUUGGUUAUAAAAGAGCGAGCAAAACCGACGUUAAAUGUAGUUGGCUGAAGCAUCCAAAGUCAGCACCACCGAAAUCUACUGUUACUAUGUCUGACCUGUAUCCACCAAAGCAACAGGAGUACAAGUAUGUAUUUAUAAAUAAACUGCCCACUGCUUUUAUCAAUACUAAUAUAUAUAAAACAAAAUGCAUUGUAGCUUUACAUUGGAUUCUUUCUGAGGAGCCAAAGUCUGAGGAAAGUCCAGUACCUUUGAUUGAGGACUUACUGAUGAGUGAGGGGUACACUAAUGCUGAAGACAGUAGAACAUGGCUUCGAAAACAUCUUAUUCUCUCUCCAGAGAAGAUAAUGGAGGCAGCAUUCGCAUCAACUGGUCAGAGAGAAAACUCUUUGUGGGCAGCUGUAAGGAAGCUUCGAUUUACUGCGUCUAACUUUGGACAAAUUAUUGGAGCGAUUAGACGAAAGAGAUUGACAGAGUCCCUUAAGAAACGAAUCUUAAGUGCCUAUAAUUUGGAAAGAAGAGCUCCUAUUCAGUGGGGUAUCACGCAUGAGAAAGUGGGUGUUGAGGAAUAUUGUAAAGCUGGUGCAGUCACCGUUUUGCAGACAGGAAUUUGGCUUCACGAAUCAGGUGUUUUGGGUGCAUCACCUGAUGGCUUUGUCCAAGGAGAUUUUCGUAAAACUGACAUUGUCCACCUUCAGCAGAACGACCAACCAGCAACUCUACCGACUAUCAUAGAGGUCAAGUGCCCAUUUACAGCUAAGGACAAGACCAUAAUGGAGGCGUGCUCCUCCGUCAAAGAUUUUUUCUUGGUUGAUAACAAUGGAAGUUUGUCGUUAAAGACAACACAUGAUUACUGGCAUCAAAUCCAGGGCCAGCUUCACCUGACUGGUACAGAGUGUUGCGAUUUAGUGAUAUGGACAACCAAAGACAUGCAGAUUGUAAGAAUUGUAAAAGACAAGAUGUGGGCCCCAAACAUUUCUGCCAUGAUAGACUUUUAUUUUAUGGUGUUUUUGGAAUCACUGAAGUAAAUUAGCAUAAUGCUGCCUCCUCUUUGGUGAAGUGUGCUUUUUGUGAAAGAAAUGGUGGAAUAUUCAAGGAGACACCAGAAGGAAGUUUGUCGUAGAUGUUGAAACCUUUAUCGGCUAAUAUGAG